AUGGACGAUAGGCGGGGUUCGCUAGACCUCUCUGAGGAGAUAGAACUUUGUGGAAAGUUGCGCAACGAUAUUGGCAAAGCACUGAAAGCCGAUGCGCAUAAUGCAGCCAAAGCCCAGUCAGAGUCUGAAGAGAACAGAACGCUCGAGACUUUGAUUGAAAAGGAAGUUUUGCACCUCAAGGGAAGCGUUGCAGCAGCAGAGACUUCUUUUUUGCGUGCUACUGGUAGCAUAGAGAAGAUUGAAGUUGCAACGGCGCACUUGCACGAAACUAAUUAUGCUCUGUCACAACAACUGGAUACAUCGCUUCAACUCAUUGACAAAAGCACCGAAGCAUCGUUCAUAUCGCUUCCAUGCAGGACCUCGGUCGAGGCGCUGCUGCGCACUAUAAUUGGUGGAGAGGAUCAGACCCGCUCUCUGAAGACAGAGCUGCAGACGCUGCGAAGUGCACUGGAGGUUCUGGAUAGGACAAGAGAGGAGCUCACUCCCGUCUUACGGAGCUGCCAGGAAGAUUUUGGCAGAGGUGACUCGCGUUCAGAAUGCGGUGGCAGCAGAAGUAAAAGGCGCCCAGCAACAACAGGCAAGCGAAGCUUGCCUAUUUUUGGCGCUUUAAUGCUACUCUUCUAUCGUGCUUUUAACAACAAUAAGCAGAGGGAGAUGGAAGAAAAGCAAAUGAAAAGCUCCACGCUUUCCGAUGACAAAAAGCGCGCUAGGGAGGAUCAACAGAGGAAGUCGGACUUGCUGACAGAGGAAAUGCGUAAGGCAACAGAAGAAAUGUAUUCCACUAUGGAGCGGAUGAAGGAGUUGCGAAAGCAGGACACGGAACUCGCUCAAAAUAAAUUGAAGGCUACAGCUAUGUUAAAACACGAAGGAGAAGUGUUCUUAGAAUUAAAGAAUAGAGGGAAAUGCACCGUGGAGUUUCGAGCCGCUCAACAGAAGGCUGCUAGUGUGACUGAAACUUUGCUCACAGAGGAAAAGCAGCUAAAUGGUCUUUGUGGGAUGCUAGAAGUGGCCCGCAUGGAACAAACUGAAAUGGACGCGCUCUGCGAACGCGAGAAAACAGUUUUGAGCAGCAGUCUUGAAGUCUUGCAAACAGCAGAAAAGGAGGCGGAUGAGGCCACUGAAGUGGCCGAUAUCGCCGAUGUGCGCCUCCAUGACAUCCGCCAUGCCCAAGGAGCGCUUACGAAGCAAGUAGAAGAAAGGGUGUCCAACAUGGAGAAGGACGAGGCACUUCUGGAACAGCUAUACGCAAAGACGUCACAGCAAAACCUUGAGGCGGGGACCCUAGAACAAGAACACGCCGCAAUUCAUAGGGUAGAAUCUUCCUCCACUGAGCACCAUUCCAAGAUAUUUCGCCCUUACUGUAUACUGGUUGAGCAGAAUAUCGAGGAGUUACAGGCAAAACUCGCUGAAAGCCAUAAAGAUGAAAAUACGUGA